GCUCCAGUGCGCGACGACACACAUGCAGCGCGACCACCGCCGCCGGCACCGCCACCGCCGCUGCUAGCGCCCGCGCACAAGCACCCACAACCACACACUCUCUCUCACAAACACACACGCACCGAACCGCCGGCCCGCCCGCCAUGGAGCGGCCGCUUGCUUUCGCCGCCGCCAUCUUGGCGCUCACAUUACCCUACGGAGUGCCCGCGGCGUCCCGUGGCAGCAGCAACUACUACGGCAAACUCAUCGGCCCCCUGACCGAUUACGCACACGGCAUCCGAGGCACCGCCUACGCCGUCGACGAGUCCACGAUCUUCAUCAAGGGCUUCUCCUACGACGGCACCGGCCCAGACGCGUUCUUCUGGGUCGGCAACACGUCCAGACCUUCGCCUGACGGCUACAUCGUACCAUACCCAGAUGACUACAAAGGCAGAGAGCCUCCAAUGCUGAAGGCUUACAACAACACGGACGUGAUCCUGAGGCUGCCCGGGGGCAAGCGGAUCCGCGACAUCAAGUGGCUGAGCGUCUGGUGCCGGCGGUUCACGGUGAACUUCGGCGAGGUGUUCAUCCCUCUGGGACUGGAGGUGCCCAAGGCGCGCGUCCUGCCCGAGUUCAAGCGGCUGGCGCACGGCCUACGCUCGGGCAACAUCAGCGUGCUCGACGCCAAGACCUUCUACAUCCCCAACCUGCACUACGACGGCGCCGGGCCCGACGCCUACUUCUGGGUCGGCAACGGCACCGAACCCAGCCCGCUCGGGAUCAAGGUGCCCAACGAGAUAGGCAGCCUGGACCCGCUGCGCGGCUACCAGGGUGAGGACAUCGAGAUCCAGCUGCCGGGCAACCUGACCGUGUACGACAUCGACUGGCUGGCGGUGUGGUGCGUGCAGUACCGCCACAACUUCGGGCACGUCCUCAUCCCCAAGGACUUGGACGUGCCGCCGGCGCUGGGACAGACCAAGAUCACUACGAGCAGCACGGCGCCAGCGCCCGGGGACGUGGAGGAGGUGGGCUCGGGCAACUGCCGGCAGCUGCUGGGCGACCGCCUGCAGGUGCGCUGGCAGAUGAUGGCCGACGGCGUGCAGGUGCAGCUGGACGCGCGCAUCCGCGAGGACCAGUACGUCGCCUUCGGGCUCAGCGGCGAGCAGGGCAGGUCGACCAUGGUGGGCGGCGACGUGGUGGUGGCGUUCUACGACGCGUCGACGGGACAGUUCCGCGCCGACGACUACUACAUGUCGGCGACGGCGCAGUGCGACGGGCAGAACGGCGUCUGCCCCGACGAGCGACUGGGCGGCCGCAACGACGUCGUCGUCGUCUCUGGGCGGCGGACUCGCGGCGUCACCACCGUCGUCUACAAGCGACCUCUGCGUACCAACGAGCCAGUACAUGACCGUGCCAUUCCGUCGCAGGGCGCGGUCUCCGUCAUCGCUGCAAUCGGGCCACUGAAUACGCGCAAAGAAGCCAAUGCGCAUGCGCCCACGGACAAGACCGCAGAUGACAUACGGAUUGACUUCAGCAGCCGUGAUGAUAACGACUGCGUGAUAUCCCCAUCAGAUGUGACAGAAGCACCUACAAUCCAACCCUGGCCAGUCGAAAAAAUCCUGGGAGAAACACAAUUCACGGCACGCAUCGGGCCCACUGGUGGGAAGCGCGGUUACACCCCAAUCACAGGUCAUCCUUCAUGGGGAAUUGCAUGGUACAUAAAUGACCGCCUCAUACCAGAAAUAACAGUUGAGAGAGGUCAGACAUACACCUUUAUGGUAGAAGGAGGUAAUGAUCGCACAAAUCCUGCACGUUACCAUCCCUUCUACAUAACUGACAGUGAUGAGGGUGGUUUUGGCCAAAAGUCGGAAGAGGAUCAGAAAGAGCAGAGAGUUUUUGCAGGUGUUGGCUAUGAUGCAGAGGGAUAUCCAUAUCCCACGGCAGCUGGACGUUACUGUGAAUGGACACACAAAACCAUUGAUAAAUCAGCGGAGACAGAAACAUUUGAAGAAUUCCUAAAAACAUUGAGACUAGUGUGUGAUGAUGGUGCACCAGCUUACCUCAACUGGACUGUUGAUGAGGAAACACCAGACUUGGUUUACUAUCAGUGUUACACCCACAAUAACUUGGGCUGGAAGAUACAUGUCGUGGAUCGAGGACGGUGGUCACAACGAAAUGGUACAAAUUCAGGCACUGUGGUAGUGCCAUCUCUGGUCCUUCUGAUAGCUGUUCUGCUGAACACCAUUCUGCUCUUUCAGAGAUGAAACAUAGACAAUAAGUUUGACAAUAAGAUAUUUGCAUUUGUAUUUUUUUAGGGUGAGUUGUAACCAAUUUUUAAUUUUUCUACAUCCAUGAACAUAAAUUUGCAUUUACGCACAGAAUGAGAUUGUGUCAUGGUGAUUGAUAUGAAGUUAAGAAAUUGCACAAACCAUCAGUAAAGUAACUGGACAUUUGUUAGUUACUCUCUAUCUUGGAGGAAGUUAAUGACUUGUGAUAGAAGUUGGGUUUUCCUCUAGAUUAACUGUGCAUGUGCUAAAAGAGGGUCCAUUGCACUUUUAAAAAGAAAUUCCAAUCCCGUGUGAAAUGAGUGAAUGAGCCAUGAUACUUUUGCACUUAGUGAAGGUGAUGCAUGGAGACAAUUACUUAAUUUUAAAGAUCCAAAGUAAUUUAAGCUUUGAGAUAUAUGCUUUCAGGUAUCUCAGUAUUCUAGAGCUACGUACAGUUCUGUUUCAUUCUUUCAUAUGUUUUUGUAUGUGUAUUAACACAUUUUUUCCCACACAUGUUUAAGCAAUGUGCACAGAUUCUGAAAUCCAGGAGAAUUGUUUCAGAAGUAUACUACAGAAAUGUAAGUUUCUGCUGAGUACUGUUUGCAUCAUAUCAAAAUGCAUGAUGUUGCAAAUGAAAAUUCAGUUAUUGAACUUCCAAUAUUCCAGUGUUUGUCAUUCAGAUAGCAGUGCAGGCCACUUCAAGUAGCACAUUAUUUGUCUCCUUAUAGUUUUUAAGCUUCUGUACAAAUAAAUAUUUGUACACAAAAAUUUAUGCAAGUUUGUUCUAGAGGAAAGUAGCCCUUCGAAAAAAAACGAAACUGGAUGUAGUAAACUUCUAUUUAUGCAAAAAAAAACUGCCUAUAAUUUUGAGAAAUCUGAAUGACAACACUGUUGAAUGAAAU